AGCCUAGCUGGUGCAGCCGACGGAGGUUCGGUGGUGGUUGUGAUAAAAUUUGCUACGUGUCUCUCGUGGUGUUAUGAGUGGUAUUCAUAAGUGCAGCAAAUGAUUUACAACAAUAACUAAUUGGGUAAUAUACUUACUUCGGCCCGUAAAAAUUAAAAAUGCAAUCCAAGGCAAAUCCUACGGGGUCGAAAAAAGUCAUGUUUCCUGACAAAAAAUCUUCCGCUAAACAAAUGAAAUCUUCUACGUUGACUAAUGCUGCUGGUCUCAGCUCUCUUAUCACAUUUACUGUGCUUCUUCUCGCAUGGAUAUCCGGAUUUGCCUCAAGAUUGUUUGCUAUUAUCCGAUUCGAAAGUAUAAUUCAUGAAUUUGAUCCAUGGUUUAACUACCGAGCAACUGUUUAUAUGGUUCAACAUGGAUUUUAUAACUUUCUCAACUGGUUUGACGAACGAGCCUGGUAUCCAUUAGGACGAAUUGUUGGUGGAACUGUGUAUCCUGGACUUAUGAUAACAUCUGGGUCCAUCCACUACAUUCUUCACUCACUGAAUAUUCCAGUUCACAUACGAGACAUAUGUGUAUUCCUUGCUCCAGUUUUCAGUGGCCUUACAGCAAUUUCCACAUACUUCUUAACAAAAGAAUUAUGGAGUGCUGGCGCGGGACUUUUUGCCGCAUGUUUUAUCGCUAUCGUGCCUGGCUAUAUAUCAAGAUCAGUGGCGGGUAGUUAUGACAACGAGGGUAUAGCAAUAUUUGCUUUGCAAUUUACUUAUUAUUUAUGGGUGAAGUCCGUGAAAAAAGGAUCAAUUUUUUGGGCUGCAAUGACUGCCCUCUCAUACUUCUACAUGGUUUCGGCUUGGGGAGGAUAUGUUUUUAUCAUUAACUUAAUUCCUCUCCAUGUCUUUGUUUUAUUACUAAUGAAUCGAUUUAGUAACAGAUUAUUUGUCAGUUACACUAUUUUCUAUAUUCUUGGACUCUUACUAAGUAUGCAAAUUCCUUUUGUUGGUUUUCAACCAAUCAGAACGUCGGAACACAUGGCAGCUGGAGGAGUUUUUGCACUUCUCAUCUUUGUAGGAACUUUAAAAUACUUAAGAACAAUUUUUACCAAAUCGGAAAUGAAAUAUUUUGGAGGUGUUGUUGCAGUAAUUGCAGCCGUGUUUUUAGUAGCAUUAAUUAUUUUGACAAAUCUAGGAGUUGUAGCACCUUGGAGUGGAAGAUUUUACAGUCUUUGGGAUGCAGGAUAUGCAAAAAUCCACAUUCCUAUAAUUGCCUCUGUCUCAGAACAUCAACCAACAACCUGGUUCAGCUUUUUCUUCGAUUUACACAUUCUUGUGUCUACCUUCCCCGUUGGCUUAUGGUACUGCAUUAAACGUAUCAAUGAUGAACGUGUUUUCAUCAUUUUGUACGCGCUAAGUGCAGUUUACUUUGCUGGCGUAAUGGUUCGUCUAAUGCUUACACUAACACCAGUUGUAUGCAUGUUAUCUGGAGUGGCGUUCAGCAGUCUUUUAGAACUUUAUCUUAAGUUGGAAGACGAUCGAGGACCAGGUGAUAGAGAUGCUGAUAGUAGUGAAGCUGAUAGUGAAACAGAAGGAGAACGUAGUCCGGGCCGUGGAUUGUAUGAUAAAGCAGGAAAACUGAGAAGAAUGAAACAUGAGAGACCAAAGGGUAAUGGUGAUGCUCUUGGAUCUAAUCUACGUAGUGGAGUUGUCAUCGGUACACUCUUACUACUUAUGAUGUUCGCCAUACACUGCACCUGGGUUACUAGUAAUGCUUACUCCAGUCCGUCCAUCGUCCUUGCAUCGUAUACUAAUGACGGAGGAAGAAGUAUUCUUGAUGAUUUCCGUGAAGCUUAUUACUGGCUCGCACAAAAUACUCCAACAGAUGCUCGAGUGAUGAGUUGGUGGGAUUAUGGAUAUCAGAUUGCUGGAAUGGCUAAUAGGACAACUCUAGUCGAUAAUAAUACGUGGAAUAAUUCACAUAUUGCCCUGGUAGGAAAAGCAAUGAGCUCAACUGAGCCUAAAGCGUAUGAAAUUAUGACUUCGUUAGACGUAGAUUAUGUUCUUGUGAUUUUUGGAGGAAUGAUUGGUUAUACUGGUGAUGAUAUUAAUAAAUUUUUGUGGAUGGUACGCAUUGCUGAAGGAGAACAUCCUCAAGAUAUUCGUGAGAGUGAUUACUAUACUGAACGUGGAGAAUUUAGAGUUGAUGCUGAAGGAUCUCCAACUCUUCUUAACUGUCUUAUGUAUAAGUUAAGUUAUUACCGCUUCGGUGAAGUUGCUUUAGAUUAUCGUAUGCCUGCUGGAUUUGAUCGCACAAGGCACGCUGAAAUAGGAAAUAAAAAUUUUAAACUGACGUACCUGGAGGAGGCCUAUACUACAGAACAUUGGCUAGUGAGAAUUUACAGAGUGAAGAAGCCAAACGAGUUUAAUCGGCCCAGGAUCCCAUUAUCUGAACGAACAAUAACUCGACCAACAUAUACUUAUCACAGUAAAAAGUUAAAAUUAUGGGGGGCCCGGGGUUGAUGUUUCAGACGGCCAAACGUAAGAAGGGCUAUAUCAAGGGCCGACCGACAGUUGUAAAAGGACAAAAACCACAAAGAAGAACGACCGUUUAAAAUGUAAAUAUUUGGCAAGACUUUGUCAUUUCUCCCUUGGCACCUUUAUUCACAAUUUCCUGGCGUUUUUUAAUAAUUAAAACCACCGUCCCUUCAAGUGAUGAAAUAAAGUCAAAAGGAAUAAUAAAUAAAAACGCUAGGUGUGCCUCGAAAUGAAUGUGUACAAGAGACUAAUAAUAUGACGGACUAAAAGAGAAUAAUGUAAGACCGUCAGAAUACUGAUUUCUUUUUUUUUUACAAAUAAAAUAAAAAAAACCGGAUAUGUCCGUAGAAUAAAAAAAUUGAAAAGAUAAAUAAUUUUCAUAGACAUUAGACUACAUUAAAUAGUUUGAGAAAAAAGUUUCUCGCAAGUAUCUACGUAACAUUAACGAUACAAUAACAGUAAUCGUGAAUUAAUCUGAAUAACGUUUAAACAAAAUUUCAUUUUCAAAAAUGGAAAAAUUUUUUUACAUUGAAUCUAAUUAUUGUGUACAUCUAAUAAUAGUGUUUGUGACAAACGCGACAUUGGAGUGAUGAUUAGUAUGCUUUGAAAGGUGGUGCAUAAUAGUUAAUGUUGAUACUAAAAUGUAAAAGCAAUACUUAUUUUACAUACAGAAAUAUGAACUGAAUAUUAAUUAAUAAUUGAUAAUCAAUUAUUGUGUUAUAUCCUAUCAUAAUUAACAAAUGCAAAAUCCACCAAUACUUGAAAAGCAUGUUUAUACAAUUAAUUCAAUUCAUAAAUAAUAAAUACAAUUAAUGAUUUUUUAUUUAAUUCAAUUUUACACAAAAAUUGUAUCUGAUGUAAAAAAAAAAUUUAUAAAAAUUAACCAUUUGAACGGUUCUGUACUCGUGAAAUGCUCAUAUCGUGAGUUUGUAAGAGUGUUUGUUUACACAGUUUGUUGUUUAGAGUCUUGUUGAAAGAUAAAUAUUCACAAUAA